GAGGGAGGGACGAGGAGGAGGAGGAGGAAGUGGAGGCGGUUGCGAAUAGCGGGCAAAUGGGGAGCUGAGGGGCUGCAGCAGCACCGCGCAGCAGCAGCAGCAGCAGCACCACCAGCAGCAGCAGCGGAGCUGAGCCGAGCCGAGCCGGCAGCGGGCCGUCGCUCCGCGGACGCCGAGUGCGAGCAGCAGCAGCAGCAGCCGCCGGGGCGCCCGGGAGCAGCGCGCCCGGCACCAUGCAGACCUUCCUCAAGGGGAAGCGGGUGGGCUACUGGCUGAGCGAGAAGAAGAUCAGGAAGCUCAAUUUCCAGGCCUUCGCCGAGCUCUGCCGGAAAAGAGGAGUAGAAGUGGUACAGCUUGACCUCACCAAACCCAUUGAAGACCAGGGCCCUUUGGAUGUGAUCAUACAUAAACUGACGGACGUCAUCCUUGAAGCAGACCAGAAUGACAGCCAGUCACUGGAGUUGGUGCAAAGGUUCCAGGAGUAUAUUGAUGCUCAUCCAGAAACCAUUAUCCUGGACCCUCUUCCGGCUAUUCGGACACUUCUGGACCGAUCCAAGUCUUAUGAGCUCAUUCGGCAAAUAGAGGCGUACAUGCAAGAUGAGAGGAUCUGUUCACCACCCUUCAUGGAGCUGACAAGUGCCUGUGGAGAAGAUACCUUGCAGCUUAUAGAGAAGAAUGGACUGGCAUUCCCUUUCAUUUGUAAAACCAGAGUGGCUCAUGGAACCAACUCUCAUGAGAUGGCGAUCAUCUUCAACCAGGAGGGCCUGAAGGCUGUCCGCCCCCCUUGUGUCAUUCAGAGCUUCAUCAAUCACAACGCUGUGCUGUAUAAAGUGUUUGUGGUCGGGGAAUCCUACACCGUGGUGAAGAGACCAUCUUUGAAAAACUUCUCUGCUGGAAUCUCAGACAGAGAAUCGAUAUUUUUCAACAGCCACAAUGUCUCAAAGCCAGAAUCAUCAUCUGUCUUAACAGCACUGGAUAAAAUCGAAGGAGUAUUUGAGCGGCCAAAUGACGACGUCAUCCGGGAAAUCUCUAAGGCACUGCGGCAAGCUCUGGGAGUUUCCCUCUUUGGAAUUGAUAUCAUCAUUAACAAUCAGACCGGGCAGCAUGCAGUCAUUGAUAUAAAUGCAUUCCCAGGUUAUGAGGGCGUUUCGGAAUUUUUCACUGAUCUCCUGAACCACAUAGCUGCUGUCCUGCAGGGUCAGGCACCCGAGGUGACCCAGCUAAACCGCAGCAAGCUCCUGGCUGAGCAGACCGGCGGGAUCAUGGACGAGCGGAUAUGCUGCGCAGGCACGGGCUGCCUCAGCGUCAUGGGAAAAGACUCCUCCUGGAUUGUGGAAAGCGAGACCAACAGCUCAGUAAAACUGCAACACCAGAGACUAGGCUGCAACUCGGCAGUGUCCCCCAGCUUCCAGCAGCACUGCGUCGCUACGUUGGCGACAAAAGCUUCCUCCCAAUAACUUGCCAAUGCCAUGGACUGAGGAGAAGCCGCAGGGAUACAAAUUGUGGUCCCAGAACCAGAUCAGGCUGUAACAGUACAAUUGUGAAAAAAGGAAACAAAACACAACACAAAAAAAGCAAAAUAAUUCAAAAAAAAAAAACAAUUUCCAUUUGAUUUAACCUGAUUUGCUGA